AGUGUGCAAGCCUUGCACGCGUACCUGCGGCCGGUGCAGCGAGCGCAGCGCCGGGCCGGGCCCGUCCCGGAGGAGGAGCCGGGCGGGCAGAGGUGCUGCUGGCAGCGCAGCGCAGCGCGGCCCGGCCCUGCCCAGCCCCGCCGGGAUGCUCUGAGCCCGCCGGAGAACGAACGGGAUGGAGCCGCUGGAGGCCAACAGCAGCUGCAGCAACGGGUCUCUGGUGACCCUUUCGUGCCUCUCCCACCGGGUUGUGUGCCGGGUGAUCAGCGAUGCUGAGCCUACUGACUCUGUCCAGGACAAUGGGACUUUGGAUAACUUCUGGGUAACUCGGCUGGAAAGCACUUAUGGAUUCUACAUUGGCCUGGGCUUGGCUGUCUUCUCCAGUUUCCUUAUCGGAAGCAGCGUCAUCCUCAAGAAGAAGGGGUUGCUACGGCUGGUGGAGAAGGGAGGCACGAGGGCAGGAGACGGAGGCCAUGGCUACCUAAAGGACUGGCUCUGGUGGGCUGGCUUGUUAACCAUGGGUGGAGGGGAAGCUGCCAACUUUGCUGCCUAUGCCUUUGCUCCUGCAACUAUUGUCACGCCUCUGGGGGCUCUGAGCGUGCUCAUAAGUGCCAUCCUGUCUUCGUAUUUGCUUGGAGAACGGCUCAAUCUGCUGGGAAAGCUGGGCUGCAUGCUCAGCCUUGUGGGCAGCACCGUGAUGGUGAUACAUGCCCCAGAGGAUGAGGAGGUCACCACUCUGGAUGAAAUGUCUUCCAAGCUGAAAGAGCCAGGUUUCCUCGCUUAUGCCGCAAUCCUCUUGGCUGUCUGCUUCCUCCUGAUCUUCUACCUCGCACCCCGCUAUGGCCAGAGCAACAUCCUAAUCUACCUUACCAUCUGCUCUGUUAUUGGUGCCUUCUCUGUGUCCUCAGUCAAGGGCCUGGGUAUUGCCAUCAAGGGCUUCUUUGCUGGCCAGCUUGUGCUGCAGCACCCAUUGACAUGGAUCCUAGUCAUCACGCUGGUGGCAUCCAUCACUACACAGAUUAACUACCUCAAUAAGUCUCUAGACAUUUUUAACACCUCUUUGGUGUUUCCCAUCUACUAUGUGCUGUUCACCACCAUCGUCAUCGCAACUUCCAUCAUCCUCUUUAAGGAGUGGGUCGCCAUGACCGUAGUUGACAUCAUUGGGACAGUUUGUGGCUUCCUCACCAUCAUUUUGGGGGUGUUUCUACUCCAUGCCUUCAAAGACAUGGACGUCAGUUUAGGAAACCUACCACAAGUCCUCCAGAGUGGACAGCAAGUGCCAGUCACCCGAGAUGACAAGAACAUCCUGAUAGAGGUGGACAACUCCAGCAUCGCCCCAGAGGAUAAACCCAAAACACUUUCAUGAACUCUAAAACACAUACCAGUAUCUCAAACGGAGGAGAGAGACAAGGACUGAAUGGUGCACUCCUGUUAUUCAGACUCUGCUAAUCCAUGUUUAAUUACUUGCUCUACAAAUACAGGACAAGAAUGUUGGUGAAUAUGGGCAAAAUAUCACAAAUUUUGGAAGAGGUGCUCACUCAGGCUCAGUGACAGAACCCAAGCCAUGAAGUGUUUUUACAGAACCAUGGCAGAAAAAUCUUUUUCAACUUUAGUUUUUUGUGAGGUGUAGGAGUUAGUUUUAUGUGGGGUUUUGUUUGUCUGGGUUUUUUUCCUUAGCAGCUAUGGUGCCCAGGCUACGUUGAUGUGGUUGGUGAAGCUGCUGGGCCUGAUCCACACCUCACCUGAGCAAGGGGCAGCCCCUGCUCAGACUGGGGAGCUCUGGCAGGGUAAACUCCAUGUCAAGAGAAACUGCCACCAUCUUCAAGACUUUUUAUGGUCUGUGAAAAUCUUUUCAGCCUGAAAGACCAAGUGGCUGUAAAUUUUAAGUGUUUUUUUCUCUUACAAAAUGUCUUGAGCUUGUAGAGCCCCCCAACUCUUUGAGCCCCAUGACUUGUCCUGCUAUCAUUUAAGCCCAAAAGUUUGUUUUGUUUUGUUUUGUUUUGUUUUUUUUUUUUUUCCCAGCUUGUUUGUUUGUUUAGAGGGACGUCUGAGCUGCAUGUUAAGAGCCAAACAGGCAUAAGUGGAUGAUACUCUGCAGAGCUGUAGGGAUUCAGUUUAUCCCAGAGUGGUCCCGUUCACCCCUUUCCAUCUUUCUCAAUUUAGUAUGGAUGUUACCUGGACUCUUGCUCACAGCUCACCUUCAAAACGCCCUUGGAUAUAUAUCAGUGGUGAGGAUGAAGGGAUGGGAGAAAUAACAUUCUGAGCUGGAAGGUAAAAAAGGAAGCUAAUACCACAGCUGAAAUUUUCUCCUAUCUUGCUGCUAUGUCUUAUAGCACAAGGAGACUGGAGCCCAUUUGCUCAUAGCAAAUCCCAAACUGGGAGCACUGAAGCCUGAGCCAGCUUUGUCAAGCUGGCUUGGUCUGGAGACAGCUCUGGCUGGGAUAGCCCAGGACCAUGGCACGCAGAUGCUGUCUGAGAUGCUGACCUGCUUGUACCUGGGUCUGGGCGCCUCUGAGCAAAUACAUCUUGGGGUUUUGGGGAGAGGAGUAUACAAUCUCUUAUUUUAAUAACAUUUCAGUACUUUUUUGGAAUGUGGAAAGGGAAAUAAAGGCUUUUGCUAAAAAAAAAAAAAAAAAAACCAAAAAAAAAAAAAAACCAAACCCUUGCAGAUGUGUCUGAAAGUUUUUAAUGCUUUCUCUGUGCAGUGUAGCCCUAAAGGAUAAACAGACUGAAGGACAGCAGAGUCCAGCAGAAAGAGCAUCUGGGGCAGAGAGAAAAACAGCAGCGCCCUCCUUUGGUAGCAGAAAAUAAUCAAAGUAGUUCACUGUAGCUCUAGUUUUGGCAUCCUAAUUGGUAUAACGCUUUAUGCAUUUUAAUUUAGAAAUAUAUUGUGAACGGGACUCAUCCUUCUCACUGCCUAGAACUGCAUUUCAUAAAAGCCAUUCCUCCAGAUAGCCUGCCAUCUCUCGACAAAUGCUACACAUAAAAUGAAGAAUUGAACCAAAAUAGUACACAGUGACAGAAUAUUUGUUAAUGACAACUGACAAAUUUAUUAAAACUAGGCAAAAGGCACAAUGAAUUGUGUUCUUCAAGUAUUUGCAUAGAUGCACAGAGAGCAUUAUUGUAAACCAUUAAUAUGUGGAUACAGGAGAAAGUGAGAUGUAUUUUGGUAUAUGUUCUCCUAAGUGAUAUUAUCUUUCUAAAAAAAUCACAUUUUACUCCUGCAGUUCCCCUAUUCUUAUUCCUCAACUUGCACACAUAUAGAAAAUUAAAAGGACUUACUUGAAACUACCUUUUGUAGACUUUGAUACUCUGGCAAUAAAGUUUUCCAUUAGCAUUUUGGAACA